AUGGCGUUUAAGGCCGCCUCGGCGCAGGGGAAGCUCGGCAGGCUCGUCGUCGCUGGCGUCGUGCCGUGCAACACCGGCACCCUGAUCGACGUCGCCACCUCGCCGCCAUUCCCAAACGCGAAGGUGGAGCUGCGGUGCGGCGGCGGCGCGGUGGCCCGCGCGACGACGAGCCAGAACGGGUCGUUCGCGAUGGAGGCGGACGUGGCGUUGGCGGCGGUGGCGGCGGUGGCGGGAGCGUGCGAGCUGGUUGUGGACACGCCGCUGGCCAGGUGCGACGCGAGGCUGCCGGCGGCGGGGAGGCUGGUGUCCGACGUGCAGCAGGGCGGCACACUGAUCGGCGGGCUGCUCGACGGCGCCCUCCGCCUCGCGCCCGCCGGCUGCUCCUUCCGCAUGGCCUGA